AUGGCUUUUGCUCCUAAUUUGUUGCAACAAAACUCAGAUACCAGCGACAGUGAAAGUGAGAAUGAUAAUGAAACUGAUAGCUCUGGAGACAAUGAGAGCACUGAAAGCUUGUCCUCAUUUGAUCAGUCUGAAGAGGAAGAUGACCUAAGUUCUGAAGGCGGAAUGGAAGAACCAGCUGUUGGGCAGUUACAGCGUGAGUUGGAAAUCAAUGAAGAAAACCCUCUGGAAACUGAAGUUAGCACUUCUGAUUUGCAAAAAUUAGGAUUAACUAAAUGUAAGCAAGUUCUGGGGAAGCUCUCAGAAUUGAUACGGAAAACUCUGUCAAAAUCUAAGUUUGUAAGCUUACUUAAAGACUUCGUUGAGUCUGAAUUUUUUUUAAUUGAUGGAGAUUCUUUAUUCAUCACUUGCGUAUUCAAUGUGAACUUUAAGAAAGGACAAACUCUUCACUUUUUUUACAUUGUUGAACGAUAUCUGCAUGAUUUCAUUAAAAAAGAAGCCAGAUUUUUAAUUGUCUUUUUUAAGGAUGUGGAAAAUAUGUAUUUUAAUUAUCCUGAACUUUUGGCACUUCGUACUGCAUUAAUUCAACAUCUACAACACAAUACUAAUGCAACUGUUCAUACAGAAUUUUCCAAUUGCUUGUCUCCAGAAUGGGAACUAUUUCUUAAAGAAUGUUAUCCAUAUUUUCUGAUUGUCACAGACCAAGGAAUAACAUAUUAUCACACAGAGUUUUUGAACAUUUUUAUCAUUCAUGCUCUUCAGAAUAAAAUCAAUAUUGUACUAUCUUUGGGACAAGAGACUGAUGUCCUUAGAAUUCAUGGGUACUAUGCCGCAAGUUGCUAUCUUCACAAACAAUUUUUUGAAAAGCAUGAAGAACAACUACAAUUUGCCAUAAACACCUACCUAAAAACGUAUUUCCAAAAGUUGCAAGAAACAGAAAUAUACCUAUAUGGUCUUAUGAAGCUAGACUUGGAAGACAUGCAAAAAGAGGAGUUGGAGAGUGCACUAACUCUGGAUGAUGCAGGAGACCUUUGCAGAAUGCACUGUCUUGGUGUGAUUUUCCUUCAACAUUUAUCCUUGCUUCAAAGAGCUAAGAGUAGAAUUAUUACUCAUAUUUGGGACAAAACAUUGUCACCAUUUCUAAGAAUGCUAAAAAGAUGUGAAUUUUUCAUCCUAAAACAAUUAAAGGCUAAUAGCAAUUGGAAUGUGAAUUUCACUGGUCUGCCUGACUUAACAGAUAAUAUUUUAUGGAAAAAUAUAGCCUUUUAUUAUGAAAUUGAUUAUUGCACAGGUCUAAACUUGGAAUUGGGAGACACUUUGAUGCAGGAAUAUCAGAAGUUGUGGAACUCAGUCUUAACAUUAUCAGGAGGUUGUGAUUUUGGAGGAGCCAUGCCCUUAAGGAGAACUUCUAGAGCAUUUCUUAGACAGAAGGAGAUGAUACCUAGAGGACCAAAUCAAGAAAUUCAAAAGCCAGGGUUAAUCCCUCUGAAAUCUGAAUUUAUACAAGAUUAUGCUGGAGAUAUUCUUGCAGAACUGCCUUUUCUCAGCAGUGAUGAUCCAGCUGUUAAGUCUCUUUCUAACAAUAAAGAAUUUGAUGAACUUGUACACUGGCAUUCUACUAGACCUCUCAGUGAUGAUUUUAAAAGAGCCCGUGAUGUUAAACCCAAAAAUGACAAAGAAAGAAGAGAAAUGCAGAAAUUGCACCAUUUUUAUCACGUCUUUGGAAAAUCUAUGGUAGGAAGUAACAGACCGUUAAGGGUGGUGAGAGAAAGACCUCUGGAGUCUCCAGCAAAUUCUUCUGUUCAAAAGAAAAAGAAACAGCAGAAGAGUAAUACAGAAAAAAUUAUUGAAGAAAAUCAAAAGAGACAGCUAGCUCAACUAGAAAAAAGAGAGGAAGAAAGAUGGAAUAACUUGUCUCUGUCUAUUGCAAAGGAAAUUAAAGGAAAUCCUAGUUCUGGCAUGAAGAAACUAGAAGAUUUUCUCCAAACAUGCCCUGUGAAAUCUGUAAAAUUUAUGGCUGAGAUGGUAGGAUUGGAGGCUUGUUUCAAAUCAUGGAUGGAAUGCUGUCUAAAUUCAGAUAUAGAUGCUAAAGAUAUAAACAUAAUAAUUCAGAUGAUGAAAAGAAUUCACAUAAUCUAUGGUAAAUACUUAGAACUAUUACAAAAUGCACAUCGACAAAAGUUAGCCAAAUACUUAAAAUAUAUUGGAUUUGACAACUUGGCUUACUCAUUAUGUCCUCAGAUGCUAAAUACUGAAAAGGAUAUUUCUAAAUAUUCAGUUUGCAUGGGAGCAGCUCGGUUUCAGUUAACACACAUGGGCCCAUAUUUACUUCGAGAAGAACGAACUGAUCCUGACCCCAGGGUGCAGCAUUUCAUACCAGACGAAUGGCAGAGGGAACUUCUUGAUGUUGUAGAUAAUAAUGAAUCUGCUGUUAUUGUUGCUCCAACUUCAUCAGGAAAAACCUAUGCUUCUUAUUACUGCAUGGAGAAAAUACUGAGAGAGAGUAAUGAAGGUGUGGUUGUAUAUGUUGCUCCAACAAAGGCACUUGUUAAUCAAGUGGUGGGGACUGUCUGCAAUUUAUUUAACAAAGCAUUGCCAAAAGGGUUAGCGGUAUGUGGAGUUUUUACAAGAGAUUACCGUCAUGACACCUUUAAUUGCCGGAUACUGGUCACAGUACCUCAGUGUUUAGAAAUACUCUUGCUAUCGCCUCAUCAGCAAAAUUGGGUGAAAAGGAUUAGAUAUGUCAUAUUUGAUGAGGUUCACUGUCUUGGAGGAGAAACUGGAGCAGAAGUUUGGGAACAUCUUCUUGUUAUGAUUCGGUGUCCCUUUUUGGCACUUUCUGCUACUAUCAGUAAUCCUGAAGAUCUUACCGAAUGGUUGGUGCUAGUUAAAAGAUACUGGCAAGAUGCAGACAGCACGAUGGAAAAUUCAGGUGCAUCACAAAAUGCCUUGAAAAGUUCAAAGAAACAACCAAAAAAAAGGAUUGAAAAGCCAUCUUACCGAGUUAGAUUGGUGUGGUACAAAGAGCGAUAUAAUGAUCUAGAAAAGUAUGUGUGCUCCAUAAAGAAUAAUGAUUUUCUCAUUGAACAUUAUCACCCAUGUGGAGCACUUACAGUCAAUCAUAUAAAGAAAUAUGGAGUUCCUUUAGACCUUGGAUUAUCUCCCCGGGAAAGCAUAUUGCUCUAUGAUGCUAUGGUACAUGUUUGGCCUGAAUGGUCAAGAAUGCAGGAGUUGGAACCUGAGGAAUUCAGUUGCUUUAAAAAUAAAGUAGUCAUCAUGAGGAGAGAUGCAAAAAAAUAUGAAGAGGAGCUGAAAAAGGAAAUGAUUCAUUGGAUUCAACUGGACACAGGCAAGGUGGAUCAGCUACUGAAGUACCUUAAGCCUCAAACUUUUGACAGUCCAGAAACUGAAAAGCGAAGUAUGCUUCCCUGCUUUGUGGAAAAACUUAAAGAAAUGAAUAGGUUACCUGCAAUAUUUUUUUCAUUCAACAUCCACUCAGUGGAAUUAUCAACUUCGCACCUUUUUACUAAUUUGAUAAAUAAGCAAAAUGCUCAUAAAUAUCCAAAUUUUGAAAAACAGAGGAAAAUUUUGGAAAGGAAACUAUUGAAAGUGAGAAAAUCUCAAAAGAGAAACAUUUCUGUUUUUUUAAAUUCAAACUCUGGUGCCAGAAUUCAAAGACUUAUUUUAGGGAUGGCUGAAAUAAAUGAGAUAAAGAAAAGUCUUAAGAAACUUACAAAAGUUUCUCCAGAUUGCACAUAUGCUGACCGUUCAGUUGUGGAUAAUCAGACUCUAAUGAAGAUCUUACAUAGAAUUAAAAGAACAAGACAAUAUAACAAACUGCGCAAUCUGUUAUGGCGGGGCAUUGGAUACCAUCAUGGCUCAAUGGAAUAUAAACAAAGACAAGUUGUAGAGAUGCUGUUCAGAAUGGGACAUGUUAAGGUGGUAACAGCUACCUCAUCCCUUGCUUUGGGGAUUAAUAUGCCAUGUAAAUCUGUUGUUUUCACAGAAGAUUCUGUUUAUUUGGAUGCCUUGCACUUUCGACAGAUGUCUGGUCGUGCAGGGAGACGUGGAGAAGAUCUUAUAGGAAAUGUAUUCUUCUAUGAUAUCCCAUUACCCAAGAUAGAACGGCUCUUAAAAUCAAACGUGCCGAAACUGAAGGGUCAGUUUCCUCUGAGCAUAUCCCUCGUUCUCAGACUUAUGCUGUUAGUUGCCAAAGCAGAUGACAAAGAGGAUGCCAAAGCAAAGGCAUUAUCAGUGCUGCAACAUUCACUGAUGUCUUUCAAGCAACCAAGAAUCAAGUGCAUGUUAAAAUUUUACUUCUUAUAUUCUUUGCAAUUCUUGGCCACAGAGGGAUACUUGAGUCAAGAAUGUAUUCCCAUAGGAUAUUCCGGACUUGUGUCCCAUUUGCACUACCAUGAACCUGCAAAUUUUGUCCUAGUUAGCUUCCUGGUAAAUGGUUUAUUUCAUAAGUUGUGCACUCCAAUGAAAACAGAUGGUCCAAAGACAUUUUCUGAAGAUGUGAUGGAGACCUUAGUGGUAGUGUUAGCACAUCUAUUUGGAAGAAAUUAUAUGCCUCCCUCUAUGCAAAAGUAUAAGAAGGCAUUUUCUCAUUCAGUGGUGAUUCUAGAUGAUCUUCCCAAGGACUUUGCUACAGCAGUAGAGGAACACAACAACAAAAUCCAUAGGAAUUUUGGUUCUUUCCUCCUAACAGUUUCUAAGUUGGCAGACAUGAAAAAAGAAUACCAAUUACCUCUCUCAGAAAUUGACUUUUCAGAUAAAGAAUAUGAAGAUUCUGAACUAGUUUCCCAUUUGAUGCCUGGAUCAGAAAAGAGAACUGCUGUCUCCCCAUUUGCGUGCCUGUCCAAUAUCACCGAUCAAGAUUUAUUUGAUAUUAAUGUGGUAAAUGAUGCUAUGUUACAAACAGUUAGUGUGAAUGUAAAAGACAUUCCUUUCCUUCAGUUGAGUAAAUAUGAUAUAAAUGGAAGAAAACGUCCAUUGAAUGGCUAUGCACUGAACUUCUACAAACAUGGUUCCCUGUUAGCACUGACUGAAGAUAAUUGGUUAAAUAUGGGAGAUGCCUUUAAUUUGAUCAGAGAUUUGACACUUGUUAUCCAAUCGAUCAGGAUUUCACUAAUUGAAUUAUGUGAUGAUGAAGAUGAUAAUGUUCUGUUGGCAUUUAAACAACUAAGUGAAGCAUUCGAGAAAAAAUUUUGGAAAAAAGUAAGAUAA